AGUAUGGGCCUUUUUUGUUUUCUAUAAACGAUUUCCGGCUAGGUUUCUGGGGGUGACAUUAUAGACCACUAUUGACAAAUUCUAAUAGGACAACCGGACUAUGAUUUGUCUUCUGUAAACAAAUCGAAAAUGACAAUAAUGUUGGCAAGAUCCCUUGUUUUGCGUGCCUCGGCUAAUAAGAAAUUGCCGUUGCUGCUUAAAAUUAAUGCAGAUUAUGCAUUGGCUCCAGGGGCAAAUAGUGUUGCUCAUCUUACUGCUUACGGAGGUUCUCCUCCUCAACGUAAAAAACCAUGGCCCUACAAGGAAAAGGGAUUUAGGUUUUGGCAUGUACCAUUUGAUAGGCCAGACAAGCGUUUUGAUGAAAACAGCAAGAUCAUUGUAAUAGAUGGAAAUGUUGCUACUGGAAAAACUGAGUUGGGCAAAAAAAUUGCCAAAGAAUUUGAUAUGUUGUAUGUCCCUGAUUUCUCUAAUGCUACAAUGUGUGACUUAAUUCCUGAACGGGGUUUUGAUUUGAGGGAAUUUGAUGAACAGCUGCCAGUAAAGGCACGUACUUGUGAUUUUGAAAAAUUUUACUCUAGGAAGGCACCAAAGAAUAUCUUACAGAAUUUUCCUAGAACACAGUACAUGCUUUUUAGAAGCAAAUUGUACAGAUAUGCCCAAACCAUAAUGGCUCACUUGUUGAACACAGGUAAUAGGUCUAUAUUAUGAACUCAUGAAGAAAUUUUGAUAUUUAGUUAAUUCUACAUAUUUAAAGUAGUUUAUUCAGCUUUAGCAAAAAAAAAAGAAUAAUAACUUAGGAUAAAUUACCAGUGUCUAAUUAAUUUAAUUAUAGUUAAGCUUUAUACUUUCUUGACAGAUUGUUUAUAAAAUGCAAUGUAAUAAUUUCAAUAAGAGCCUCAGUACCCCAAUGCCUACACUUUUUGGCAUGUAUUAUUUCAAUUUGUUACACUAAUCACUUUGCGACAUUUUGUGGUUCACAUGGUUAAAGUUAAAGCUUUAAAAAAUUGCAUGCAGACCAUGGCUUUGAGACCCCACUAGAGUAAAGUUUUGUUACCAGUCUCACAAAAUAGUUUUAAAUGAUUCUAGUAUUAAAAUUCAAUUUUAGCUAUUUGUGACUUCAAACAAAAUUCUUUCAAUUUUAUUUGCAGGCCAAGGUAUUGUAAUGAAUAGAGGAAUGUGGUCAGACAUUGUGUUUGCUCAUACUUUGAGAAGACAAGGUUUCUUUAGUCCUGCAGGUAAGAAACAAAAGAACUAUUUAAAAAGUGUUAAUUAAGUUCCAGUUAAGCAUUUUUGGACUUCAUUCUCUUCUUGGGGGGCAUCAUGCCACUUUUGAGGAAAAAAUGUAACCCAUAAAAAUAUAAAAGUUGUGUGCAUUAUUCACUGCUUUAAUAAUUUUGAUCUUCAUUUUCUUUUCCUUCUUAUUCAUAACCAAUUAUUUAUUUGUGCUUUUCUUUUUUUUUUUUUUUCAUUUUAUUUUUUUUUUAAAAAUGAAAAUUUGAAUUCACAUUAUAAUAUUUUUAAAACGUAUUUGAAUUUUUGUUUAAUUACUAACCCUUUUAAUUUUUAUUUUUAUUUUUUUUUUCUUUUUUUUUUUUUCCAAUUUUUUUUUUGUGCUUUUUUUUUUUUUUUUUUUUCAUUUUAUUUAUUUUGUAAAAAUGAAAAUCUGAAUUCACAUUAUAAUAUUUUAAAAACGUAUGUGAAUUUUUGUUUAAUUACUAACCCUUUUGCAACAAAAAAGUUAAUAUUUUACAAAAUUUGAUGUUAGACCGAGAAAAAAAAGAAGUUUACUUUUUUUUAAAUUAUAGACCAUAUAUCAGACAUAGUUUUGAUAUUUAUGCUUUUUAAGCCAAAAUCCAUGAUUUUAAAUAAUUUUUAUCAAAAUUUAAAAGUUUAUUAUAAACGAGCACUUUAAUUGGUGAUUUAAAAAAAUAUAAAUUGCCUAUUGCCUAGUUAGAUAAAUGAAAUAAAAGCUAAUCAUUUAUCUUAAUUUCCUGGAAGUUUUUUAAUAGUUGACUCCAUUUAAUCGUUCAUGCUUAGACCUAGUGGAUGUUAAUGUUUGAUCUCAUUUGUUUUAUUUUUAAUCACACAAAAUUUUUAUUUGGUUGUGUUUUUUUUUUACUUUUAAAGCCCUGAAAGCAUAUCAGUAUCAGUAUGAUGUGGCCACAGACUAUUUCUGGCAUCCUCAUCUAAUUAUUUAUUUAGAUGCUCCAGUUCAUCUUGUCAAAGACAAUAUUAAAAAGAGGAAUGUGGUAUGUCUUGUUUAUCCUUGAAAUUGUUAUUAAGUAAGUUAUCUUCUUAUUAAAUAUUACAGUUAAUUAUUUAUAUUUUUUUAUAUGCAAGCAAGAUGAAUAUUUUAAAUGUGAAAGAAAUACACACACAAAAAUUUUUAACUACAGUAUUUUCUGGCGAAUAAGACGACUUUUUAACCCAUGAAAAUCUUUUCAAAAGUUGGGGUCAUCUUAUAUGUCAGGGGUCAUCUAAUAAGAUGGUAUACCGCGCCAAACUGAGAUCAAUGAUUAUUUUUAAAAGAAAAACAAUGCCAAAACUCAAGUUCCCUGUUGGUUGUUUUGUACAUGUGAAUAAAAAAAAGCUGGAUGGAUGAAGAAGGAGUAAAGCUAUGGCUUGACAAUGUAUGGAGCAGGCGACCAGGUGUACUUAUUCAAAAACAUAGUCUACUGGUGUGGGAUAUGUUCAGGGCUCAUUUAACUCCCAGCACCAAACAAAGGCUGGCAAGAAUAAACACCGAUGCAGCAGUUAUUCCUGCAGGAUUGACAUCAUUGGUACAGCCACUGAAUGUAUGCCUAAACAAGCCAUUUAAAAAUCCCAUUCAAGAACAGAGGAAUGAGUGGAUGGUUAGCGUCAAAAAUGCAUUCACAAAAGGAGGAAAAAUGCAUGCUCCACAGUUGGAUGUUUUGUGCAAGUUUGUCAUAAAAGCCUGGAAUGAUAUUGAUGCAGAAACAGUAAUCAAGUCUUUCAAGAAGUGUGGCAUAUCAAAUUCAUAAGAUGGUAUGGAGGACGACUACUUGUUACAAGAUGAAGAGGAGGCCGAAGCUGAGACCACACCAUCUGAUACGGAAUUAGAUCCAUACGAUGACUGCCUUACAAAUGUAUCACAAGAUGUCAUUGAUGUACUUAGAUCAGAUAACGAACAGGAGGAAUUUGAAGGCUUUUAAAGGAAAAAUGUCAUGCCAGCAAAACCUGUAAAAAAUAGCUAUUAGUUAUGAUUGGCAUUGCUGACUUUCCUGGAACUUGCCUGACACUUGCUCUCUCUCUCUCUCUCUGCUGUUUGUUAUCUUCCUCCUAUCAUUAUCAGUUCUAGUUUGGUUGACAGCUUAGAAAACAAACAGCAUGGCAGCUCCCAUGGGUUUAUUGUCUUAUCCUUCCUUUCAGCGUUAGAGUGAAUUAGGAAAAGUUUAAUCCACUGGCACCUUUUUUUUUUGUUUAUGUUUGAUGACAAACAGCCUUAUCUUUAUAAGUGAUAGUUUUCCUGCUAAGUACCCGCAUGUCAUAAGCAUUUGAAUUAAAAUUACCAUAUUGAAAUUAAAUCUGAUGUUUUUUAAUUUUUAUUUGGUGUGCAUUGGAAGAAUACCAUGUUGGGGCACCGACUAUACAGUUGAAUAAUCAAUAACUUUAAACAAAUUCAAAUUCUUUUGCUCGUUUAGAUCCAUAAACAUGCAAAAUAAACAAUCCAUGAUUUUAUUAGAAAUGUAGCUAUUUUUAUAUUGUGGAGAGUCCAGACCUGGGUAGACGAUCUGGGUGGUACAUUGGUGGGGGGAACCCACUGUACGAAGACUGACCAACCAUUGUAGUAUAUCAGAUUACACCGUGACAAGGCUAGUACCACUAUUACGGUGACAGUAGUGGCUAGAUAAUGUCCAUUUAAAUGGAGGGAAGCGUUAAGAAAAUUUUAAUACCAGAGAUGUUGAAAUAGAUCAGCCCUUGGAAGGAAUCUCUAGAGACACCACAAACGAUUCGGGGACUUAUAAAAAGGGACCGUUAGGCGGGACUAAGGAGAACUCAGCCGGACAGGAAAGAGGACAGUUGGCUAUGGACAGUCGGGAGACCACAGUAGAGAGAGAGAUGAACCGGGACAGUCCGAGCUGAGUGCGAGAUGAGAAAGGGAAAUUGAGGUGGAAAAUAAAUGAAAGAUCUAAGACUGUAAUCAUAGUCCAGUUGUCUGUUAUUUGAUUGUUGAAAUACGAGUGGCAGUUGAAGCAAGUGUUGUCAUCCAAACAACGAAAUAGAGAACGAAAGUAGAACUUAGAUGAGCCAAGGUUCUCUACAAUAUAAUCUUUGGUGUAUUUCAGCCCUGGGAAGUGAACAGCCCGGUUUUGAAUGAUGAAUUUCUCCACACCAUCAAUGAUGUUUACAAGACAGUUUAUCUUCCACAUAUGAGGUACUGUCAUAUUAUUCACUAGUAUAAUUUAUGUAUAGUUAAUAAUGAUGCAUUAGAUCCGCCAAAUAAUAAUAGUAAGAUCUUCAAUUGUAUGAAAUAUAAGGCUAGCAUAUCGAACUGUUUUCACAGACCACCCCAACAAAUAAAAUUGUAUAUAUUUGUUUAUUUUUGUAUCAAAUUUUUUUAAUGCUGCACAAAAGUGAGCAAUGCAACCUAUAAGUAUAAGAAGAGUCCAAUUAGGAUUUCUCUGCUUGUCUGAAAGAAAUUUGCAGUGAUGAUUUUCUAAAAAAUUAAGUCAGAUAUUUCUAAGGAUGGUGCCUCUCAUAUUAGUUUAAAUGUAACAUAAUAUGGCUUUGUGACAAACAACCGAGUUCUGCAAUGACCAACUUCAAGUAAAAAGAAAAGUGGAUUAUAAAGCACACAUGUUAUUGUCUACCUUAUUUUUUAGUUAAUGCAUAAUGGCUGUGUUGCUUAUGGUUGAAAUGGCUAGAAAGACUUUGACAUUGUAUGCUUGUAAUUAGCUUUUGUAGUGUUGCGUUUGUUUUAAAUGUGGUAAAUUAUAGAUUUGUUUUUGUUGACUUUGUACCGCGCUUCGAGCCUUUGGGGAUGAAGCGUGUUUUUGAAAUGAACUUUAUUAUUAUUAUAAUUAUUAUUAUUGUGUGAUUUGUAAUGUUUAGUAUAAUAAAUUGUAAUAGUUAUAAAGUUUUCAAAUAAGUUUUCAAAGUUUUUAUUACCAAUUGAAUUACUCCAUUCAUAUUGGCUAUAAGUUUGACGUCAUUUAAGAACAUUUAUUGCUGCCUAUUUAAAAUACAGCUGAACUGGUCGCAUUUUUGUACAACUGGUCAGGGUCUGGGUAUUUUGAGAAAAUACCCAGCAGCGUGUGUGGGUAAAUGUGUUAUUUAAAAAAAAAUGUAUCUUCUCAAAUUAUAUAAUGUAUUCCUUCCAUUAGGAAGAAGUGUAAAAUGCAUUUAUAGAACCAGUAACCAACAAUAGGAAAAAAGUUUAAGUUUGAAGGCUUCAAAACAAAAAUAGCUUAAUGAAAUAAUAUUGACCCAGCGAUUCUCAACAUUAUUGGUGUAUUGACCCUUUUAUAACCUAUGUCAAGUUGUGGGAACGCAUAACCAGAAUUAUACCUUGAAAUAGAGAAACAGGUGUUGAGAAAGGGGAAGGGGGCAGAGCUUUUUUUGUAGAUAAAAAGGCUUUGGUACUGUUAUUUUAUCGGGGUGGGCUGUGGAUGUGGAGGGGGAAGAAGAGUAUAUAAGGGCUUGGAAGAUUGGAGGCUUAUAGUUUUGCGGGAAAGCUGCCAAUUUUUAAGUUUGGGCCAAAAAAAUUAAAAAAGGAAAAGUUGCAACAAAAAAUUUUAAUCAUUUGAAAUGUAAAAAACUGCCAAAAUGUUUAUAAAAAAUGAGCUGCUGACAUCUACCAAAGGAUUUAUAGUUUUUAUUUUAUGUAGCGGUAGUGUAGUCAGAGUGCAGGAAGGAUAAGAAACUAGUCAGAUCACCGUAAAUGAAUAUUUAAAUUUUAAAUUGUUUCACUUAUUAAAUGAGUGUUAAAUUACAUUACUAUUACUGAAUUCUAGGACAGAACUUAGAAACGCUUCACACACACAAACACAAACUUUGACUACUCAGAAUCAUCAGCCAGUGAGCAUUUGAGAUGAAAUAUUAAUUGUAAAUAGAAUGUGCCAUGGUCAUAACCAAGAUAUACAUCUUGCUAAGACAAAUAAUUCCACAAAAUUCGCCGCAAGUAAAUUUUUAUUUUCAGAGCUUUGCAGCUUCAUUUAACUUACAUUUAGUUUCACACCUAUUGCUGAUGUUUUCUAUAAUUAUUUAUUUAUUCAUGAAAAAAAUUUUGUAAACUAGAACCGGGUUAAAAAAAAAAGGUUUAUUAUUUUUACAUAAUUUUAAAAAAGUUUAUUUUACCCGAAUCCCAGUAUGUGCCAGGUGUACAAAUACUCUGCGCUUCCAGGUAUCUGGGUCAGCAUCUGGUUCAGCCCUAGUUUAAAUGGUUUUAAAAAAUUACCAUAAUACCAAUUUAUGGGAACUUUUUAAACCUUGCUUGUUUAUGGGGGUUUUUUUUGUCUUUUUAGAAAAUACUGUGAAGUUUUGACCUACAAUUUGGCUGAUGCACCUGUACCAGAUUUUGAUGUUGUGAGUAAAAAUUAUGAUUUCUUUUUAUACUUGAAAAACUUCUAUAUUAGUCCCAGUAACUGACUUCUGAUUUAAAAAAUUAAUUUCGAAUCUUUCAAUUAAACAAAAAAAGUGAAAAUUUUAAAAACAAAAGAAAUUUAAAUUCAUGUGUACCAGGUAUCUGAAUAAAUGUUGUUGACAAAAAGGGGUGGAAAUUCCCUAAUAAAAAUUAUGAUGCAAUUCCCUAAUUCAAAUAGCAAAGUGCAAGCCAUGAAGCUUUAUUUUGUCAAUUUUAUUAUUGACCAUUUUAAUUUAACAUUGUUUCAAAAAGAUGAAGUGUUUUGUGCUUUUCAGCUAAUUAUUUUAUCAUUGUGGUCUUCAGGUGUGUAAAUCUGUUCCCAAUGCAUAAAGUUGGAAAUUUUUUAAAAAUUAUUUCUUUUAUCGAUUUUGUGAUUUACAUUUUUGAAAAUCCUUCAUUUUAUUAAGAUGAUUGAAGACCUGGAAAGUCUUAAUCUGGAUCAUGCACCCUUGGAUCAUGAAAAGCGCUUUCGGGAUUGGAAAAAUUUAACCAACAAAGACUACAACUACAUGCGUAACUUGUAAGUAUGAUGUUUUGAUAUAUUUGUUGAUUGAUUUGUUUGCCUUUCAUUUUUUUAAAAUUAAUUCUGUGGAAAAUGCAUAAUAGUUUAUCAUUAAUCAGAGGCAAGUAAGGAAAGUGGGUAUAGGAUAGGGUUGAUAUUUUUGAAGGCCUGUAGUUUGUGAAGCACCUUUAGUUUAGCACUUAUAAGUCUUACAUUGCAUUUUGUAAUGAUAAUCUUCAAAUCUCUUGUGCUUAAAGACGCAACUCAAAUUACUAGGAAUAAUCUUAUUCUGCAUUGCAAAACUUGUUUAAAAGCUGGGGAAAAACAGCAAAUAUAACUGUACUAGUUAUAGCCCGCCAAACAUUGGCGACAGCAAUGCGUGAACUGCCCAUCUACUAAAGUUAUUUGACAAAACAUGAACUCAAGUAUCGCACAUUUAUGAAUUCCAAUUUUUGCUCUACCCCCCCUCCCCCCAUGUUACAUCACUGCACAUUUUUUUUUCACUCCCAUGAACUAUAUUAAAUAUUCUGAUGUCCCAAAGACUGAAUAUUUUUUUUACACCAUUCUUAAAUUGAGACGAUUUCAUUUAUUGAAAAAUAUUACACACCAAACAAAGUUGCGUUAUUAUUAGCGUAGUUUUUGGGAAUUAUAUUUUGCCCGCUAGUAAACUCAUUAUCUAUAUAUAGCCUACGUGGUGGUGGUGUUUGACCUUUGCUGGCGAAUUAUAUAUAUAGAUUGUUCUGCAGAAGCUUCCAGAGAGUAAGUUUAAAAGCUCUCAAUCAAAUUGAACAGAAAAAGAAUCAAAAGAUAAUUUUUUUAAUGUAAAUUUCACCAACUUUUAUGAUUAUAAAGAUUAGUUUUACUCAUUUUCAGGGGUGGAGUAGGAUUGAUUGGGAAAGUUGAUAAAUGGAUUUCUGCAAAUUAGCAAAUAAAUCUGUUCUCAUUAAGUGCAUUAAACUACAAUUAAUUGGUGACAUUACUUUUUGGGCCUCCAGAUUCUGGAUAUAUCACAUAAAAAAUCAUUCUCUCCUCAUUCAAUUUACAAAGAAAUAGAUUUUGAAAAGUUGAGUGAGAGAAAAGAUCAACAAUUAUCACAUUAGUUUCAAUUCACUUUUUAUUUUCUUAUCUGCAUUAAGAAUAAAUAGAUAAUUUUGUACAGCAGUUUUUUUUAUUGAUUUUUUUUAUUAGGUCUAGUGAUAUGUGGCCUGCAAAUAAUUAACUUGUUAGCAAAAUGGCUCAUAAAGCCAUUGGGGUUGGCCACACCUGCUUUAACUUUGUUUCAUUUUUCUCCUUUUAUUAUUUGUUAAGUAUACUUGGCAAAACAUUAAAAAAUAUGUCAAUUACUAUGCUGUAUCAUCUGGCACACCAACAUUUUUUUAACUGCAGUAUAAUUUUAAAAGCUUUUAAAAAAUGGAGAAUUACCAAGGUGAGCGUAAUGUUUUACAUAAAAAUGUUUGAUAUCAUCCAAUACAGCGGUUCACCUGCUAUGCAAUUCAAGCUUGACACCAUCUUCACCUUCCAUCCUCCUUAUGAAGCUCCAGAGCUCAUUCUGGAUGGAAUGGAUGCCCUUGAGUACAAUGAAAUCAUUUAUUCAGUAAGUUUGAUAAGAUAUCUUUUUCUGCCUGUGUUAAUCAAAGGAGGGGGGGGGGGGUUUGAUUGUAAAUUUAGCGAUCUGUUUCAAGGUUUGGGGUAUGUGGUGGAGUUUCCUUAACCUAUUGGUUCCACCAGCGUCAAUGUCUUCCUCUGCCAAUUUCUUUGCUUUCACAAAAUUAAUAGCACUGCAAUUCAAGUAUGUUGGGUGCUGGGUGGCCAAGCGGUCUAAAUGGAAUGGAUGCCCUUGAGUACAAUGAAAUCAUUUAUUCAGUAAGUUUGAUAAGAUAUCUUUUUCUGCCUGUGUUAAUCAAAGGAGGGGGGGGGGGGGUUUGAUUGUAAAUUUAGCGAUCUGUUUCAAGGUUUGGGGUAUGUGGUGGAGUUUCCUUAACCUAUUGGUUCCACCAGCGUCAAUGUCUUCCUCUGCCAAUUUCAUUGCUUUCACAAAAUUAAUAGCACUGCAAUUCAAGUAUGUUGGGUGCUGGGUGGCCAAGCGGUCUAAAUUGAGUCAAUUCCAAGCUUGGAGUUCCAUCCCCAGGAAGAGCCUAGACAAGCAAAAACAACAUCAACAUCCCAGUGGAUGGAACUCAACCUUGGAUGGCACCCCAGGGGAUGGAAUCCCUUAGAAUGACAUUGAUCAAUGAAAAUUCCAACAACUCCUGCUAUGUGCAAUGCAUGAAGAGCACAAUGAAAUACACAAAAAGACACUGCUGGUCAUCUACUGCACCCUGGUCUAUUUCCAGUCGUCUUGACUAAGUCUUGCCAUUGGAUCAAAUAGGCAAGGACAAGAGAGUGAGGCUGACAAAUUGAGCAACACUCUCACUUUAAACAAAAUGUGGCUCAAGUCAAGGCUGCUUCUAUUGCCUUUGUCAUCUUCGAAAGCAAAGACAAACAAUAAUUUAGAUUGCUUAAAAUUUGUAAAUUUAUAAUUAGGUAGAUAUAGCCCAAUUUUAAUCAUUUGGUUGGGGGGGGGGGGGGGAUUUUAGCUCUACUUUAAUUAAAAUGCAGUCUUUUGAUAAGCUAAUGAAUGACACAAUUUAUCUUUUCUACAGGAUCCACGUGUCAAUAAUUCAGAAUAUGUAAAUUAUUUUUAGGCUUUGAAUAGAGCUUGAAAUGUUCUAAAAUUGGAUUAGGGAUUUCAUUUUGUAUGUCAAUUUAUUUUAAAGUCCAUUGAAAGCAGCUGAAAGUUUGAGUAAAAUUGUGUAACUGUCCAUUAUAGUGAGCUUAAGAACUUAACAUAUUAAAGUUAAAAUUAUUAUGUUCAAAGGAAUACAAUUUUUUAAUUGUUGAUUACCACCAAAAGUAAACUCAUGUCAGUAAAUCAGUAAAGGUAUUUUUGAGAUUGUUAGCUGUUACCGUACAUAUUAUGUAGAAUGUGGAAAUAAUUGUGUGUGGGGCCUUUUUGGAUCUGAAAAUGUGCAGUUGAAUGUCAACAUGGAAGGAAGAAUUGUAUUAAUUUAUUUGGAGUACAGUGCUGAUAAAAUUCUAUUAAUUCUUUAUUUCUAUGUCUUUAUAAAAAGUUAUAUCUCGAUAUUUUUGUUUAUCAGUAAGUGAAUAAUAAGUUUGAAAUAGUUCUCUUUGACAUUAACAGUUGUUGCCCCUUUACUUAUUUAUUUUUUUAAAUAAUGUAUAGUUAUAAAUGUGGGGGAUAAUCAAAUGUGCAUCCCUUUCUGUUUAGUAAAAUAAAAAACUUAAACAAACAUAAA